CGCCCGCGGGCGGGGCCGGGCCGGGCGGGCAGGGCCGGGAGCCGCCAUGCCCAAGGUGGUGUCGCGCUCCGUGGUGUGCUCCGACACCCGCGACCGCGAGGAGUACGACGAUGGCGAGAAGCCGCUGCACGUCUACUACUGCCUGUGCGGGCAGAUGGUGCUGGUGCUGGCACCCACAUGUGAGCUGGGAGCUGUCUGGGACAUGGGGCAGAGCCAGCGCUGGUCUCACCACCCGGAUGAGGUACUGUUACUCUGGGGUUUGCUGCUGCAAAGUGACGUGUGUGUGUUUCAGAGGGAGAUUGCAGACUCCUAUGCACAGAAUGCGAAAGUGAUUGAGAAACAGCUGGAACGCAAAGGCAUGAGCAAGAAAAGGCUACAGGAGUUGGCUGAGUUGGAAGCCAAGAAAGCCAAGAUGAAGGGAACCUUGAUUGAUAACCAGUUCAAAUGAAAUGCUAAUUAUCUGCUGGAUACUAGGAGACAGGAGAAGGUUACCAGGAGCUAUCACAGAUCUGUUAACACAGCAGAAGUAACAGACAGCAUUCAAGGGUUGCACUGUGCUGAGACAACCUGGAGGGUGAGAACCUCUCUGUCAUAAAUGAUACUCUGGUACCAAUUUUAAUAACUCCAGCAGCACCGGAGACUUUGCUGAAACUGCAGUUCUCUACAGACCCAGUGUUAUGAGCAGGCUGUUCCAGGCAGAAUAUUUACUUUCAGGAAAACGUUUGCUGGGUGCCUUCAUGAGUUCACCUUUAGAUAACUGUUUUUUUUUUUUUAUUUUGGUAGUGUAAGAUUUCCUUGAAUGUAUUAGAACAACAGGUCAACUGUAAAAAACAUCCUUACAAAAGUAUGCUCUGUGCCUGUUACUUAUUUUGUUAUUUUAACUGUGUCCAAAACAUGCAGCAGCCUGAGGGACAUGCCAUUCCAACAGUCUGGAACAACUGGGAUGCAAGGCUUGGGCAUCAUUCUGCUGCUCACCCUCACCAGAGGCAGCCAGCACAGGCUUGGCUGCUGCACUCCAGCCUCAGCUCCUGUGGUACAGUGGAAAGCUGCAGUUGUAGAGAAUUGCACUGUCCCAAUAGCUACUGCCCCAUACAAGAACAUGAAAUCCAAGCCUGUUUUAAAUUAAAUGAAAACAAAAACUGCCACUAAUGAGUUCAAAUAUACAGUUGGAAGCUACUGAUACGGGUGGUGAUCAUUUGAAUUAGAAUACCACUGCAUGUCUGAACUAACCCCUUCUACAAAACAGCAUCAGUAUCUGGAGUUGUGAAAUGUGGAAGAAAAAUUGUUUUGAAUGUUCUGACCACUAAGGACUUGGAUAAAGACAACAUUACACAUCAGUUUUUAAAGUACCUUAUUUGGGGAAUAAUAUUUUAUAUCUCUUGUUGAUGUAAUAGCAGUGCUCUAUAGCCCGUGUCUUUGUUGCUCUACUUGAGAUUAAAUGCCAUGUUACGGAUUUGAACUAAAAUACCUUUCCUAGGGUGUUCUUACUCUAACAAGUAUCAUAAAAUAACAUGAGCAAAGAUGCUUCAUGUCCCAUAAUUAUUACGGAAAACUUCCUAUAAUCAAUAAAGAUUUUCCAUCUGGCUUU